AAAAACAAAGAAGCUUCUCGUCUUCCUCUGCCUUCUUUCCUUAUAUUGGAAAAAACCCUAAUCAAAUGGGGAGAGGGAAGAUAGUUAUAAGAAGGAUCGAUGAUUCGACAAGUCGACAAGUGACUUUCUCCAAGAGAAGAAGUGGGUUGCUUAAGAAGGCUAAAGAGUUAUCAAUUCUUUGUGAUGCUGAAGUUGGUGUUAUUAUUUUCUCUAGCACGGGCAAGCUCUACGACUUCGCAAGCAAUUCAAGUAUGAAAAGUAUCAUUGGGCGGUACAACAAAGUAAAAGAGGAGCAGCAUCAACUACUGAAUCAUGCCUCAGAGAUAAAGUUUUGGCAAAGAGAGGUUGCGACUUUGCAGCAACAGCUCCGUUAUCUACAACAAUGCCACAGGAAACUUAUAGGAGAAGAACUUUCUGGAAUGAAUGCUAAUGAUCUACAAAACCUUGAAGACCAGCUAGAAAAAAGUCUAAAAGGUGUUCGUCUAAAAAAGGACCAACUUUUGAUGGAUCAAAUUCGAGAACUCAACCUUAAGGGACAAAUUAUCCAAAAGGAGAACCAAGAGCUACAUAGUAGGGUAGAUAUCAUGCGUAAAGAAAAUAUUAAACUGCAAAAGAAGUGUCAGGUUCAUGGAAAUCCAAAUGCUAUUGAAGGCAAUUCAAGCGUAGAUCGAGCAACCAAUCGAAAUGAAACAUAUGCACCACCGCAACUUCAACUCAUACAACUACAACCUCCUAGAGAAAAAUCAAUUAAACUGGGGCUACAACUUAUUUAGCAAAAAGUGUUGGAAAACUAUCGAUCUACAAAUGAGGUCGUCUCUCCGGCGACUACUUCAUGAAGUUUGUAUAUGAUAUGUAUCGUUUCUCAAAUUACAUUUUAACCGAAAAUAUUUGAUGUACAUCAUAAAAGAAUGAUGUGAUGUGAAU